AGUAGCAUUCGGAGCGAAAAUCAUUUCAACUUUGCUACGAACGAAGUUGGUAUAAGUUACUUGAGAGGGAAGAUCAUUUUAUUCCAAGAUGAAGGUCAUUCUUGUUCUCUUGUUGGUCGAUUUUGCUGUGGCCAAACCUGCUUUUGAAACACUCGACGAUGAAUUUAUUCAAGAUUUAUUAAACGUAGAUGAAGAUCCAACUAGUCUCCCGUCAUUCACAAAAGCAGUUCCAUCCGAGCUACCAUCCAAGAAACCUGCUCCAUCCGAGCCACCAUCCGAGAAACCUGAUCCAUCCGAGCGACCAUCAGGGGGACCUGCUCCAUCCGAGCGGCCAUCCGGGGGACCUAAGCCUGACGAGAAAGAUAUUCCAUUGUUUCACAAGUUCGCUUACUUUCUUUUUCACGUUUCUGUUGGAGACGUCAAACCUGACGAACAUCCUGAUCCUUCUUGGUGUCAGAGCAGCGGUCAUUGAAACUCUGAAACCAGUUCAUGAAAUAGCCAAGCUUAUGAUUGAAGACCAUAAAGAAAUGAUGAGAAGAGUCAAGGAAGCCGUUGAUAUGGACAACAUCUUCCAAGCCAAGCACGUCGUUGGAGAAUACUUCAUCGCUCUUAACCGAAGAUUCUUGUCUUUCUUUAUACAUGCUGAACAAAGUGGUCUUUUCGAGAAGAUUGACGAUGAUAAGGAUGACAAGGACAUGAAAGAAGUAAGAAGAGAGCUCCAGAAAGCAGUUGAAGACGGCGGCGAAAAGGGCAAAGAGGUUGCAGAAUUCAUCUUGAAGAACUUCAACCAGUUCCGUGUCAGUGAUGGGCUUCCUGAUAGACCUUUUGUAGCACUCGGCGUUGAGACUGCUAUUGUGCUUGCUAAGACUUUUAAACAAAUGGAGAAAGUCACCAAAAUCAGCAUGAAAGUGUAUAUUGAUAUGAUUUCCGACAUCGUUCGAUUGGCUCUGAAAGAACACAACCACCAAGGUGCUGUUCAGAGAGCUGGCGCUGGAGUUCUAUCAAUGAUCCGUAGACAAACUAAAGUUGGAAUCACCCUUCACCAUAUGUAUAGCCAAAAGCAGUGCCGUGCUGGUGGACCAGAACCAGAAAAGGGACACGGAGGAAAGGGCAAAGACGAAGAAAAAGAAGAAAAAGACGAUUGAUUUCCAAAUCGUUAAUUUUGAAGGAAAGCGGAAAGGCACGGCACAACACAGAUAAUGACCGGAACGGAUAAUCUAUUAUUAUUUUACUCGUAGAAUAAUAACUGAUUUUAUUUCUUUAUGCUUCAAGAAGAUUCAGUAAAUUUUACAGAUAUUUUAGAUCUAGCUUUUUGACAAAUUGUAAAGUAGCACCUGAUUAGAUUCAUAAUAGCCAAGGCUGUCUUGCUGAGCGAGAACCAGGCCUGUUAGGAAUGACAGUAGCUACUUUUGUACAAAAGUUGUUUUUACAUCAAU